AUGGCGUCCGGUGAGAAUGGCGUGCUCGGCGUGUUGUGCUCGCCCAAGUCGCUCAAGGUAUUGGGAUGCGUCGUGGGCGUCGUGGGAUCCCUCGUUGUCUACGGCGUGCUUCAGGAGCGCAUCAUGACCAGGCCGUACGGCGAGGGAGUUGACGAGGAGUUCUUCAAGUUUAGCGUAUUUUUGGUGUUGAACAACAGACUGCUCGCGGUCUGCGCGGCGGCGUGCAUCUUGGUCGCCAUCAAGGGCAAUGUCAGGCCGGUGGCGCCGAUACAGUCCUACGCGAUGGUCAGCGCGUCGAACGUGGUGGCGACGACGUGCCAAUACGAGACGUUGAAGUAUGUUUCCUUCCCGGUGCAGACGCUGGGGAAGUGCGCAAAGAUGAUUCCAGUGAUGAUUUGGGGUUUCAUGAUCAAUCAGAGGAGGUACGACGCCGGCGAUAUCGCCGUCGCGGCGUGCAUCACCCUUGGAUGCACAAUUUUUGGACUUUACGGUCAAGUCACGAACAAGAACGCGACCAGUGAUUCAAACACGUCCAUGUACGGUCUGGGGCUCAUGCUCGGCUAUCUCGCGUUUGAUGGUUUCACAUCAACUUUCCAGGAUAAGCUGUUCAAGGGGUAUCACAUGGAGACGUACAAUCAAAUGGUCUGGGUGAAUCUAUGCAGCGCGACUUUCUCGUUGUUCUGGCUCGUGAGUGACAGCUCCCUCACCGAGGCAUUUGAGUUCAUCCAGCGACAUCCCUCCGUCAUGGGAGACGUCGUAGUUCUGUCCACGGCGGCGAUGCUCGGCCAGCUUUGCAUUUUGUACACAAUUAGAGAGUUCGGGGCGCUUUUGUUCGCCACCAUCAUGACGACGCGUCAGUUCAUCAGCAUCCUAUUAAGCUGCAUUAUUUUCAUGCACCCACUCACGCUUCCUCAGUGGGGCGGCACGUGCUUAGUUUUUGGAGCUCUGUACUACAACUCCUUCCUGAAGGCUGCUCGGAAGGCUGGCAAAAAGGAAGUGAACGCGUCGAGUGACGGGGCAGAGUCCGAGAAGGAAGGUUUGAUUAGGGAAAAGAUGGAUAGACGCGACGUUUAG